AUGUAGCAAUAAAUAAUAUUAGGUUCCAUUAUUUUUUGUGCUUCAUUUCUUUUAAUUAUUUUAAUCAUUGGAUGGGAUGUUGUUGAAAUUACUAAUUGGGGUUUAAAGUGUAAUUCAAUUAGUAAAUAAUGUGAUUAACAAAUCUAUGCUCCAGGGAGAUAUUUAGUUGGUCCAUUUAAUUCCUUCUUUAAUUUUCCUGGAAGUAGAUAAACUAUUGAAUUCUCAGAUGAUAAAAGGGCAUAAAGUCAACCUCUUAAAACAAGAACUGCUGAAGGACUUACACUUAGUUUACAUGUUUCAUUUUAGUAUUAACUAAUUAAAAAUGAAAUUGCUAAACUUUAUGCUCUAGGUGGAUUAAAUUAUGAAGCCACUUUUAUAAGAAUGGCAAGAGAUACCAUUUUAUAAGCAGCAGGUAAAUUUGAAGCACCUAAAUAUUGGGCAAACAGAAGAAACAUAACAGAAGCUAUGUAAAAACAAUUAGAAGAUGAAUUAAAAAAGGCUCAUGCUAAUUGUGUAUCACUUUAAAUUCUUGAUAUUGAAUUACCUGAUUAAUAUGAAGAUUCUAUUGUCUAAACAUAAAUUGAAGUCUAAAAAAAAACCAUGAAAUAAUUUGAAUAGAAAGCAUAAAUGAUAUUAAAUGACAUACUUGUUAUGAGAGCAUAAAAUGAUUAAGAAAUCUUUGCCAUACAUGCUCAAGCUUAAGCAGAUGCAUUCACUAUUACAUAAUCAGCAUAAGCUACUGCUAAUAAAUUAUUAUUAGAAGCUGAAUCUAAAAGUUAUGAAAUGAUCUAAAAAAACUUAGAACUUACAAAAGAUGAAUUUAAUCAAUAUUUAUAUUGGAUUUCUGUUUAAAAAUAAAAAAAAGCUAAAUUAGUAUUCAAUCCCAACACUGUAUUAACUUAUAAUCUUAAUCAUAAUUGA